UUUUUUUUGUUUUCAUUUUUGAUGCAGUAGUAAGUAGUUUAUGUGUUUUCCUUUUUUAAAAAAAAUGGAAAUUUGGGCUGCAAAUGGGCCUAAAAACAGUAUUAUCUAAACUCUUCCCAUCCCAUCGGAGACGGGUUUGGAUCAAUUCACGAAGCAACCGAAUUUGCCAUAACUGUCCCUUCCUUUUGCACUUUCUCAAUUUAACCAGUUUCCAAACUUGGGUUCGCUUUUUCUUCUUCUUCUCCGCAAACCUAAAAAAUCACCCAAACGUCGUCACCCUGCGCGAACCGGAAAUGGUGUCGGAUGAAAAGCUCGUCAGCCGGCUCAGGGAGUUCCUCAGUACGUCGGACCUGAACACGAUGACCAUUGCUUGCCUUCGCCGGCAACUCGAGAAGGACUUCGGCAUCGAUUUGUCCGGCAGGCGGGCCUUUAUCCGUGAACAAGUUGAUCUCUACUUAGAGCAGGUUCGUUCCCAGAAUGAGGAAGGACAGCCCGCAGAGGAUAUAAAGCCGGAGGAGAAUGACGGCGCCGAGGAAUCUCCCGCGGAGGCCGAUGAAGAAUCUGAUGAAACGGAAGAAAAGGAUGGAGAUGAGGAGUCUAACAAAACUGGUAACGGGAAGAUAGCUGCUAAGAAAAGGAAGCAGAGUGAUGAGGUCAAGAGGAGAGGUAAUGGAUUUACCAAACCAUGUAACCUUUCUCCCCAACUUCAAAAGUUCAUUGGGGAAUCACAAAUGCCAAGAACUCAGGUGGUAAAGCAACUGUGGAACUAUAUUCGAGAAAACAAUUUGCAAAACCCGGCGAAUAAGAGGAAAAUCAACUGUGACGACACAUUGCGUGAACUUUUUAAGGUGGAUUCAAUAGACAUGUUUCAAAUGAACAAGGCCCUCUCGAAGCAUAUUUGGCCAUUGGACUCUGAUGGGGCUAAUGUGUCAGCUAGUUCAACACCAAAGGAAAAGAAACGGAAGAAAGAGAGUGAUGAAGAAUCCGAUGAACCAAAAGGCGGGGAAAAGAGAAAGAAGACUGGGAUUCAAACUCCAUGUCAGCUCUCUGAUGGUUUAAAGGAGUUCCUAGGUACUGGUGAAAGUGAGUUGCCAAGGCCUAGUGUGAUCAAGAGAAUUUGGGAUCAUAUUAAGCAAAACAACUUGCAGGAUCCAUCCGAUAGGAGAAAAAUCAUAUGCGAUGAUAAACUGAAGAAGCUCUUUGAGGUUGAUACUUUCGUUGGAUUUGGGGUAGCCAAACUACUGAAAGAUCACUUUAUAACGUAGGAAUGGCUUGCUCAGCUCUUGUCAGUGGAACUCGGUGUUUUUGCGAUGAUAAACUGAAGAAGCUCUCAGAGUUUGAACCACGACAUUAAUUUCUAUAUUAGGCUUAAUAUCUUGCAUAAUUUACAACGAGAAGCACUGUUUGGGUUCGUGUGGGUCCGGGGGCAAGAUAAAGAACUUUCCGCAUCUUCCCAUUUUUUUUGUGAAGUGUCUCCUGAAAACCGGAAGCCUGUAUGCUCACACAAGUAUAUUUUUAAUUUGCUGAUGUAUUUUAGAAUAACUCUUGUAAAAUUCCUGAAGUUAAAUGGAUGCCUAAAAUCACCUGUC